AUGCCGACGUUAAGGCGAGGGCAGAGGGGCGAGGCUGCGCGGGGACAUGUCGACGCGGGCGCGGAUGAGGUGAAUGGGGUGACCACGCCAGAGAAAUCGAGAGACAACAACAACAAGGCGGUCGAAAAGGCGACGCCCAAGCGCCGUGGUGGCGACGAUGCGGCUCUUGUUGCCAGUUCUCCCCGUGGCGCAAAGUCAGACGGGGAAGCAGCUUCGACGGCCAGGAUCCCGACACUGGUGCAGUUCCCGCUGGUCGCGGCCAUCAGCUUCGCCACGGCGAGCCUCGGAUACAGCGUGGUGGCCGAGCUGACCCAGGGGGAGCUGGCGGGCGUGAGCCGGAGCCCGGGGACGAGGGAGGAGAUUGCGAUCCUUGCCGGCUGGAGGAUAUUUGAGCUUGCGCUGAGCUGGUUUGGUGGGUUAGACGGGCUAGAUGUUGCCAUGAUGGAUUUCCUGUCCCACGGGCCGGCGAUGUACCUCCUGUUCGCCUUUUACAAACUCAGCGCGAAGACGACGAUUGCUGCCCUCGCCGUUGACGUCGUCUCUGCGUCGGUGCCUUUCUCGCUGCUGCGGCCCCUUUCGGCCGUCCACAAGCCGUCCUCGGCGCUGCCCAACCGCGAGCUCAUCGGUCUGCCGCUGCAGCUGCUCACGGCGGGGCUCUCGACGAGCAUAUACUCCGUCAUCCUCGUCCUGUCGCUGCGAUAUCUGCUGCCGGGCAUCUUUGUUGUCCACUUCGAGGGCAUCCGCAGCCUCGAGCCGGCGUACUCGGCGUCGUACCUCGCCGUGCUGCCUGUGACGCUGCUCUUUGGCGUCGCCGCGAGCACCUUCAUCUUCCCGCCGUUUGCCACCACUGGCAAGACCAAGGAGGACGAGCGCGUCGCCAACUUUGACCCCGCCGAGGCCAGCCUGGGCGAGACGGUGUGGUGGAACUUUUGGGGCUAUACCACCAAGGCCAAGGUGGCCAUUUGGCGCACGGCGGUGACUUUGCUGGUCACGGGCGUCAACACGUACUUGGCCUGCGCCAUGACCAUCCCGGGAGUUGAGCCUGAGGGUGCUGCCGCAUAUGCGGGUGUGUGGGUGUUUGCGGCUCUCUGCACGGGCCUGGGGUUGGGCCUCGUGGGACGCGACUGA